AUUAUAUCGAAAUAAAAUAAAUGUUGAAGAUGGUGGCAUUUAAUUUGCCUUGUGAACUUAACCGUGUCUGUUUAUUAACGUGUGCGAUUCAAUUGGCGAGAGGGCUUUGGAGUUGGUUUUUAUGGCAGUGAGAAAAAUUCUUUGACUUCGCGAGCGGAAAACGAUCACACAACAUCACUUGUUGAAGUUCAGAGGGACAAAAAUGCAUUUGAUAUAAUAACUAACCCGUAAUUACACAGGGAGAGAGAGAGGGAGAGAGCAAGCUCCAUUACAUAGUGAGAUGUCUGUUUAUUUAUAAACCUCUCUUUCUGUACUGUGUGCACAUUAAAUAAAAGAUAGAGAACUUCGCAUUUGCGCAGCGAGCCUACUUUAUUUGAAUCUCCAGCAGAAGGGGGGAUGUUUUGGUUCUAACAAUGUGUGAACGUGUUGGAUUAACUAAUUAUGCCGCGAGCCUCGGGUAUACGCUUAACACCUGUUAGUCGCACCCGAUUUAGUUAUUGCCUUUGUUUCAGUCGCGAGAUGGAAUUGAUAAUUACAUGUUAUAUACACGAUUGAAUCUGUCGGAAUUUCGUAUACAGGAGAAAGCCGAAAGAGGGAUAGAGGGUUCGAAAAGUAAGAGAGAAAAAUUUCACCUGUUUACGUCUAGAAAUUAACGGAUCUUUCAUCUCUAAUACAAUUAUCACGGACUUUUUAACCGGAACAAAAGGAUUUUCGCACGUUCGUUCAAUUGGCGAUAUCUUAACAGCCGGCGGGUAAGCGUGCAGACAUUGAUCAGAUCACAUUUUAAACGGGGACUUGCAGCGAGUAACAUCCCGCUGAUAGGAACAGAGCUGCUGUCUUCCUUUGAACAUGGGACUAAUGAAUGCCAUCCUGUUUAUUAGCUGGAUUUGCAUCAUGGGAGUUUUAUCGUACGAGGAUUGCACAUCGAACCCCUCCACCGACAUCGCCAACUGCUGCAGCCUGUGUCCGCCCGGUCACGGACAAAUCGAGAAGUGCACGAACGACACAGACACCAAAUGUCACGUGUGCGAACUAGGCAAAACGUUCUCUUCGCCAAAAUACGACACAAAACCCUGCAGAAAGUGUAAAACGUGCAAGGACAACGAGCGCGAAAUAUUCCCGUGUAACACCACGCACGACACGAUGUGUGAGUGCUUGUUAGACUUCUAUUUUGCAGAAGAUAUCAAGAAGUGUCAGCUCUGUGACUUGUGUACGUACGGAUCGGGUGCCAUGGUGCCAUGCAGCACGCGGUCUAACACGGUGUGUAGGAAGUGUGAGAACGGAACUUUCUCUGACGUCAGGAGCGCAACGUCAUCAUGUCGGCCAUGUUCUUCCUGUGGUCCCAACCAGUUGACCAUCAUGGACUGUUCAGACCAACAGGACACUAUGUGUCUCGACAAACCCAAAGCCUUUCUCACCACCAAACAAACCGAACAACAGUCAGGGAAAAAUAUCAGAAAAAAGGAUUUCGACGCCAUUCCAAUUUACUGCGCGGCUCUAGGCGCAGUUGUGCUCGGUCUCCUAGGUUACGUGUUUUUCAAACAGUAUUCCAGAAUCAAAGAAAAGAAGCGCCAUAAAGUCCACGAUCCGCAUGACCAUGUGGAAUAUUCACGAGCCUCUGGAACGGACAGCGGAGUAUGUGUAGAUAUCACCGUGCAGUGUAAAAUAUACAAUGAGUUGACAAAGUACAGCGACCUUCCUAUAUCAAAGAGAAAGUGUGUGGAACACCAGUUAGCUAAUCACCGAGGAAAUUCCGGCGACUGGAGGGCGCUGGCAAGACAACUCGGAUACUUACCAGAGAAGAUAGAGCAGUUGGAAUCGUACGGGGACAGCGUACACUGUUGUCAGACGAUGCUACAGACCUGGGCCCACAGUAAGCGGAACACAUCCCUGGGGGUGCUGCUGAAAGCCCUGUCCAACAUCGGCCGCUACGACAUAGUCAAAGUAUUACAGGCCGAUAUACGGGGCCCAAAGACUGACCACAAUCAUGUUCAUAUUUUGUAGCUGACCAGUGUGAUAUAACGUAUACAAUGUAUAUUUAUCGUGACAUUAUUCUUAUCAAUUUCAGUGACGCGUCAUGACGUUCUUUUUGUAAGAAAAUAUGAUUUACAUUCCAUUUCUCUUUUUUUUUAAACACAUGCAGCAUGUUUGCGCGAGAGUAUUGGGUUUUCCCCUACCUUGUAUUGUUUUACGUACAUUGAACAUUUUUUAUGAAUGAGAAUCUUUCGCAAAAUAUUGUUCUUUUUUUUAUAUUUGUAUGUACUGCAAGAAUUCUUUUGUUUUUGCUCCUUUUUAUUUAUUAUUGAAAUUGAAGAAUAAAAUUUGUUUUCUA